AUGCCUGCUUCAGAAGAAAUGUCCAAAGUAGACGGCGACACUAUACCAUCAUCCGAGGUCGAAAACGCGCAAGGCUAUGGCUCCCGAAACCCCCUCCUCUACGGCCUUGAUGGCUUGACCCUAUACGAGAAGAAAUGCGUCCUCAUCAACCGCGAGAUCGACGCCCAAGGAAUGGGCAAAUACCAGUGGUAUAUUUGGGGUCUUUGCGGCUUUGGGUAUCUUCUCGAUCUGCUCUGGGCUCAAGCUUUUGGUCUGGUGCUUGGACCACUGCAGCAAGAGUUGGGCUUUGGAGACAACGAGUCGGGAAACAUCUCGACCAGCUUUAAUGCUGGGCUUACGGCGGGGGCUUUUGUUUGGGGGUUCUUGGCGGAUAUUAUCGGUCGUCGCUGGGCGUUCAACUUGACGUGCCUAAUAUCGUCUAUUUUCGGACUAUGUCUUGGUGCAUCGAAUAAUUACACCACAUUUCUUGUCUUGACAGCGUUUGUCGGCUUUGGGGUCGGAGGGAAUAUUCCAAUUGACACGACAAUUACCCUCGAGUUCAUUCCCCAGAACAAACGCUUCCUUUUGGCCUGCUUGUCCGUUUUCCAACCCAUUGGAGUCGUCCUUUGCAGUGCCAUCGCCUUCGGCUUCAUCCCAGUCUACGCAUGCUCUCCCAACUUCUCCGAACCUGACCCUCUGGUAUCAUGCAACAAUGCCGAGGCAGGAGAAACAUGCUGUUCCCGCGGUGACAACAUGGGAUGGCGAUAUCUUCUCUUCACAAUUGGUGGCAUCACUCUUGCGGUCUUCAUCCUUCGGUUCUUCGUCUUUAACUUCCGCGAGACUCCCAAGUAUCUCAUCUAUCGCGGGCGUGACAGCCAGGCAAUUGAGACGCUUCAACAUAUGGCAAAGGUGAACAAGAAGCAGUGCGGACUCACUCUUGAGCUUUUUGAGUCACUCCAGGCAGAUGAUAGUUCUCUUGGAAGUGGUAAUAGUGCAACACCUGCUUUGGGAGCCGGGACAAAGCAACUCAACAUGGCGUGGUCUCAAAAGGCUAAGCUUGAGCUUUCACGAUACAAGAUGCUCUUUUCUAGUCCUAAGAUGACUCGUCUCACAAUCCUUGUAUGGUUGACGUAUAUUAUGGACUAUUGGGGAUUCACUGUUGCUGGCUUCUACUUGCCAAGUAUCCUUGCCCUGAAGAACGGCGCCGCAUCUGUCAGUCUCAAAUCGACUUAUGCUGCAUACAUCUACACUUAUGCACCCGGUAUCGUCGGAGUACUCCUCGGCGCAACACUCUACCGCAUCCCAGGUAUUGGCCGAAAAUGGACAAUGGCGCUAUCAGCCGCACUCAUGGGCAUCUCCAUCAUCCUCUUCUCAACAGUCGACACGCGUGCAAAGAACGAGGGACUCUUCACCAUGGAAUACUUCUUCCAGUCCAUGUUCAACGCUGUACUCUACGGCUGGACUCCUGAAGCCUUCCCCGCGCCAAUUCGUGGGACGGCUUGCGGUAUUGCAGGAUUUUGGGGUCGAUUGUUUGGUAUUGUGAGUCCAUUGAUUGCACAGCAUCUGUAUGGACGUACGGGUGAGGAUGGACAGGGAGAUAUCAACAGCGUUUUGUAUCUUGCUGGCGGCGUUAUGCUGGGUUGUGUGAUUACAACAGCUCUGCUACCUAAUGACAUGAUGGAGAGUAAGGACGAGAGGUCGUAA